AUGUCAGCAAUUGCCAACAUGCUUGAGGAGGCAGCUUUCAACCUCACGCCCUCUGACCCUUCAACAUUCAUCCUAAUGGGCAUCCCUGGCCUGGAAGAUGCUCAUGUCUGGAUUUCCAUCCCAUUCUUUACGCUCUAUAUUAUUGGCCUGUUGGGAAAUUUCAUGAUUCUGUUUGUUGUGGGCAAAGAGCAGACCCUGCACAAGCCGAUGUAUCUGUUACUCUGCAUGCUGGCACUCACAGAAAUCGGCACGUCUACCUCUGUUGUGCUGAAGGCACUUUGUAUAUUUUGGUUUAAUUUGAAAGGUAUUACUUUGGGUGGCUGUCUCACCCAGAUGUUCUUCUUUCAUGCAGGUACUGUGAUGCACUCAGCCAUCCUCGUGACAAUGGCCUUUGAUCGCUAUGUCGCCAUAUGUAACCCUCUGAGAUACUCCACCAUCCUCACCAAUGCACGAAUAGCUAAGCUAGGGCUAGUGGGUUUGAUAAGAGCUGUUUUCUUCGUUCUGCCCCUGCCCCUGCUCCUGAUCAGGCAGCCAUUCUGUGCCAACCACAUUAUCCCUCAUACAUUCUGCGACCACAUGGCUGUGGCAAAAAUGUCUUGUGGGGACAUCACAGUCAACAGGAUGUAUGGCUUGGUAAUACCAUUUGUAGUCAACAUGUUAGACCUGACACUCAUUGGCCUCUCCUAUGGUCUGAUCAUCAGGGCUGUCCUGAGAAUCUCCUCUAAGAAAGCCCACCGGAAAGCCCUCAACACCUGCACAGCCCAUAUCUGUGUGAUGCUGAUGUCCUAUCCUUCCUUCUUCUUCUCCACUCUGACACACCGGUUCAGUCAGGGCAUUGCUCCCCAUGUUCACAUCAUCUUAGCCAACCUCUAUUUCCUCCUCCCCACCAUGCUCAACCCUAUCAUUUAUGGCAUCAAAAACAAAGAGCUUCUUGAGAAAGUGGGGAAAUACACCUGCAGAAUGUGCUCACCUGGGGACCACUGA